UAAAUAUUCCUUUCUUUUUAGCAGGAGAAAAAGGAGGCCCAGGCCAGCUUUGCCUAUGGGACCAAGCAGCAGUUUGUAUGCCCAAGUGGCCUCGAUUGCAGACGUCCUCGGUGCAGAGCAAACAAAACACAUCUUUCUUGCAAAGCAGCAGGACGGGUUAUUUUUGGGUCUCUAUAAAUUGUCUCUGUUUUCCAGUGCCAUCGCUCAUACCAUACCAGGGGAACAUGACUGACCUAAUUAGAGUCUCAUUCCACCAGAACAAGAUUCAACUGGUAAAUACAAACUUUAAACAAAAAAAAUCUUGGGUUCUUUUUGUGUAUGUACAAGCUGAUCUGCUUGGGAUGAACAGCCUGGAGGUAGGGGCCGGGAGGAGCAAGGCAAUUAGAGUCAUCAGAGAAAAUGAACUAUGGAAACUGUGGAAACUGGGCAAAUUUCCAGACUGAUUUGUGGGACCAUAAGUGAAUCACGCAGGAGAUCUUCUCCUCUGGGACAAAAUCUCUUUUAAUCUGAUGGGCAUUAGGAAAUACUUUAUCACCCACCAUGGAACAGAACAGGAGAGGAAGGAUUCAGCAUUUCGAUCCUCCAUCCCACACAGCCCUCCCAGGCAAAUGGGUGAAGGCGCUUCCAUUGAUCUGCACCACAGGAACAACGGAUGAGGUGAGGAGAAACCCGAGUUGCACAAAGCAGCUAUGGGAUAUGGCCCUACCAGGCCUUCAAGAAGCUGGGCAUUCCCGGGCCACGGCCUGUGCCGUUUUUUGGAACGUUCCUGGAGUACCGGCGAGUGAGUACGGGCAGCAGCUGCUCCAGGGAUUCCUGAAUUUUGAUCAGAUGUGCUUCAAAAAAUACGGUAGAAUCUGGGGGAUUUUUGAAGGCAGGCAGCCAGUGAUGGCUAUUCUGGACCCCAACCUCAUCAAAACCAUCUUGGUGAAGGAGUGCUAUAGCGUUUUUACCAAUCGCAGGUUCUUUGGUCCGAGAGGCAGACUGGAGUCAGCUCUUUUCGUGGCUGCAGAUGACCAGUGGAAAAGGAUUCGCACUGUGUUGUCCCCGACAUUCACCAGUGGGAAGCUGAAAGAGAUGUUCCCUAUUGUUAAGAGCUAUGGUGACAAAUUAGUGAAAAACAUUGAGAAGAAAGUGGCUAAUGAGGAGCUCCUGGACAUGAAGAACAUUUUUGGAGCCUACAGCAUGGAUGUGGUGGCCAGCACUUCUUUCAGCGUGGAUAUUGACUCCAUGAGCAACCCCAGCGAUCCCUUUGUCGCCAACAUUAAGAAAUUCCUCAAAUUCAGUUUACUAAACCCAUUAAUCAUAUUCAUAGUGUUGUUCCCCUUCACGAUCCCAGUGCUAGAAAAGAUGAAUGUGACUCUGUUACCUUCUGAAGUCCUAAACUUCUUCAGUGUCAUCUUCACGAAAAUGAAGAAGGAACGGGAAGAAGGAUACCACGUGGACCGAGUGGAUUUCCUGCAGCUGAUGAUUGACUCACAGAGCUCACAGGACAGCUCCAAGUCUGCUGGGGAGAAGGACUCAUACAAAUCGUUAAGUGAUGAGGAGAUUCUGGCCCAGGCUCUUAGCUUUGUCUUUGCUGGUUAUGAAACCACCAGCUCUGCCCUCAGCUACAUCUCCUAUCACCUGGCCACACACCCUGAUGUGCAGAAGCGGCUCCAGGAUGAGAUUGAUGCAAGCUUGCCCAAUAAGGCCGCUCCCACGUACAAUGCAGUCAUGCAGAUGGAGUACCUCGACAUGGUGGUGAACGAGUCCCUGCGGCUGUACCCCCCUCUGGGGCGAAUUGAUCGGAUCUGCAAGAAGACGGUGGAGUUCAAUGGGGUGACCAUCCCAAAGGGCAUGGUGGUCAUGAUCCCAGUCUACGUGCUGCACCAUGACCCAACGUACUGGCCUGAGCCAGAGGAAUUCAGGCCUGAGAGGUUUAGUAAAGAAAACAGAGAGAACAUUGACCCCUACACCUUCCUGCCAUUUGGGGCUGGCCCCAGGAACUGCAUCGGAAUGAGGUUCGCUCUCCUCGCCAUGAAAGUGGCUGCGGUUGUCCUUCUGCAGAACUUCUCAUUCAAACCCUGCAAAGACACUCCGAUCCCCCUGGUUCUGGACACGAAAGGUUUCAUGCAGCCAAAGAAGCCUAUCGUCCUGAAGAUGGUCCCCAGAGCCCAUGACGAUCCGCAGAAGUGAAGGAGCUGUUCAGAGACUUUUAUUCAAUGGUUCUUUCCCUGCCCAGCUCUGGAAAAGAGACCCAGAUUGAUGUGUGCACUCUUGAAAUGUCAGUGAUGCAAAUCUCCAUUUUGCAAAGGAGCAUUAGGGGUUUGGCCUGGCAUAAUUAAAAGAGCAUUAUCCUAAUGAAAAUUCCUUGGCCUCAGAUCCUGCUGUCCCAGAUCACAAUAGGCAUUUUGCAAGACCAUUUGCAUUGGGGUUAUUUGGGUGUUUUUUUUUCUCUCCCUCUGAAGAGGCACUUUUCUCAGCAAUUUGAUUCCAGGCACUGUCAGUCUCUUCUGGCAGUGUAAUUUAAAUCAAGAUAGGGAGAGCAAAUUGCACAUAGUUAAGUAAUGCUACCAUUGCUUCUGCUCCUACUGCCUGCUGGGCAGCUCUGCGUGUCUUCUGGUUUUAUUCUCCUGGGGAUGUAGAUUUGUCCACGGCCAUUUCCUCAGCUGUGUGCUCUGACCCUGACAAGUGUUAAAGUGGUCAUGUCCUCGCAGGGAUAAAUGCCCCUCGCAGAUUUUCUGAUCCUGAUUUAUUUAGAUUUUUCUUACGAUUUCAUGCGUGAUUCAGAUUGCAGAUGGGUUAACUGGAGGAGCCCAGAGACAAGCAGUUGCCCCUAAUGACUGGAGCUUUGUGGAGUGAGAGAGAAGUGCCCUGUGUGUUUUGCUGCUUGUUUGCUUGUUUCACCCCAGGCACACAGCUGUCUCCCGCAGUAGUGUCUGUCAGUACAGGCAACAUCUACUGCACUGCCACCGUGACACCUUUUAGUCUCUGAUGUGCGCUCGGCCACUGUAGCACAGAAUUAACGGAAUUAAUGAUGGCACAGGGUGCAGCGCUGAGAGCCUUCAGAUGUCCUGGGCAGCCCUGGUCUAGAAGAAAGAUGUUGCCUUUGGCUGUUGAGGACUGGGAGGUCUUCCCCAGCCUUGGUCCUUUUCUUACUUUCGAGAGGACGUAAUGCUCUGCGCUGUCCCAUCUCCUGUUAUUCCUCCAAACGCUGCUGAUGGGAGGCUAAUCACAAUAAAAUGCUCACUUGCCUCUUUUGCAAAGAAUUGAAAUCA